AUGUCAGAUAAAACUAAAGGAAUUUCAACAAAAAAAUCCACCCAGAAUAUCAAAUUCCCAGAUAAUUUAUGUACUAAUUCUGUUACAAAUGUUGAUAAUACACAAGCCCCGAAUUUACCAACAUUUAAUGGAAAUACUGUCACUGGGCUAUCUGAAGAGCAAAUUGCUGAUAAUAAUCAGAAUAUAGAACAAAACCCUAUCCAAAUAGAAUACCAUUAUGGUACUAACUAUAUAGUAAAUCAGUUAAGUCACAAUGAUUCAAAUGCUAUUCAAAACCCAUUUGAAAAUAUAUUUCAAAAAAGUCAAGAUGAAAACUUCUAUGAAAAUCUACCAAAAGAAGUUUCAUCAAACACAGCCCUUCCACAAAAUAUUAUAGAUACAGAAGUGAAUAGUAAUAAUGAACCAAAUAUAAAUGUCAAUGAAAAUUUGCAGGGAACUUUGUGUGACAUAGAUACUCCUGGUGAAGUAUCUACAGCUACAGAAAAUAUUUUAAAUGUUAAUGAAAUAUUAAGUACUGAUACUGGGAUUGAUAAUCAAUCAGAAACAGUUAACGAAAGAAAUGAAGACAGACUUUUAAAACUUUUAAAUCAAGAACAAACAAAAUAUAAUAAUUUGGAAACGGAACAUCAGAAAUUGAUUUUAGAACUUGAGGGUCUUAAAACUCAAUUGAAUGAAUCCCACAAUAAAGCUAGAACAGAUGAAGAUGAAAAAAAUAUAUCAUCUUUAAAUGAAAAAGUUCAAUUGCAUAUGAACACUAUAAAAGUUUUAGUUGGAGAAAAAACUGAACUGAAUGCUCAAAUAAAUAAAUAUGAAUCACUAUUACUUAAUCACAAUGCAGAAUGUGAGGAACUGCAAGGACGGUUGCGAGCAGUGAGGCAUAAAGCUGCUGAUUCUGAAAAAGAAUUAACACAAUGCAAAAAAAUAUGUCAACAAUUAGAAGGUGAAUCAAAAAUGAUGAAAGAACAGAAUGAUAAGUUAAAAAGUGACUAUACUGUGAGUAUUAAGGAAGCUGAGGAGUUGAAAGAAGAGGUGUCGGAAUUAAAAGAAAAAAUUAAAAUACUGGCUUCAGAUUGCAAACGAUUGGAAACCGAACUUGCUGGAAAAAGUAAUGAACUAUCACUAAGUCAUUUAAGGAUCCAACAAAUAUUAUCUGGUAAUAAUACUGGUAUGGAUAAUUCUUUGCAAAGUUUGAUGGAUGAUAAAACAUCCUUGGAAACUAAAGUAACAUCACUUGAAGAAAGUCUUGAAAAAUCUAAAAAUGAAACUGUUCAAAUUACACAACAGUACAAACAAUAUUGCCAGCAAUUAAAUUCACAAAUGCAAAAUUUGGUUACUACUUUGCAAGAAAAGACUAUAGAAAUUGAAAAAUACAGUAGUCGUGAAAAGGAUUUGAUGAAUCAUAUGGCUGAAUUAGAGAAACAAUUACAAAUCGCACCUAAAGUGAAAUCUACGACAUCAAUUAAUGAAAAUUCAAAUGAUGAACUUAUUGAGCUUAAAGAGAAAUAUUCUACGAUGGAGAAAAAAUAUGAAGAUUUACAUCUUCAGCUAAUUGAGAAAUGUUCUGAAUUACAAUCAAUGACUGAACAAUUUAAUGAAGGUAAAAAUAAAAUUAUUGAACUAGAAGAAUCAUUGGAAAAUUUGCAAGUGGAUACAGUAGACACAGCUAAACUAAAUGCUGCUAUUGAGAGUGAUAAGAUAGCCGCUGCCAGAUCUAUGGCACAAAAUGCCGAAUUGAAAAAACAAGUAGAGGAAUUGCAGAAAAGUUUCAUUCAAAUGAGUGAUUAUAAGUUGGAAAUAACAGAAAAAUUGAAUUGUGAGCAACAUCUUGGCCGAGAAUUAAAUUCUCAAGUAAUAAAAUUGGAAAAUGAGGUGCAAAAAUUACGUUCUGUACUUGAAGCUAAGAAUGAGGAAAUGAUUAGAUUACAAAAUGAAAAUGCUAAUUUAUCAAAAGAAGUUAUACAACAGGCCCAACUUUCAGAUAGGUUACGACAUUAUGAAGCUAAAGAUAAUGUUACAGAUAUAGUACAAAAUGAAUUACAGCAAGCAAGGGAUCAAAUAGCCAUGUUACUGCAAAAGAACACAGAAUUGGAAAAAAUGUUGUCUAAUGAUUCUGAUAAACAUGAAGAGAUGACCAUUACUUUAGAUGAAAGUAAUGAUACUAUAAAAACCAUUCCAGAUAUUGCUACAGCUGAAUCUAAAACUGUUGAUUGUAAAGAUACUGUCCCAGUUAUAGCUACGCAAGAAGCUUUGGAAAAAUUGCAAGAAAAAUUUACAAAAACUAUGGCUGAUAUUGCAGAACUGACUGAAGAAAAGCAUCGACUGGAACAUUUAGUAUUACAGUUACAAAGUGAAACAGAAACUGUGGGAGAAUAUAUUGCACUUUACCAGAACCAAAGAAGUUUAUUAAAACAGAGAGAAAUUGAAAAAGACAACCAGUUAAUGAAACUUGCACAUGAUCAAGAAGAUAUGAAGAACAAAUUAUUAAGACUAAAUCAAUUAAUUAUGCAAUUAUUAAAGGAAAAACAUAACACAAAUGAAAUUCAAAAUCAGGACAUCAUAGCACAUCAUGAUCAGAACAGCAAGGAAAUUCUUGAUAUAAAUUCUGAAACAAAAUUAGAAGACAGCUCAGAUUUUGUAAAAGAAUCAGUUGAUGCCCAAUUAGUAAACUACUUGCCUAGUUCUGAUAUUUGUCAAUCCACAGAUAUUGCAAAGAAAAUAACAGAUUUAUUAUCAGAGCUUAAAUCUAGCGAUUUAAUUCAUCCAAUAAAUGGGGAAGAUGUUGAAAAUUUUGCUCACCAUUGUCAUUGCUGUUCUGGAAGAUUAUUGACAGUAUAGUUCAAAGUAUUUCUAUUUGUUUAUUAUAUGUAAGAACAUUGUAAAUAUAGAUGUAGAGAAUAACUUAAACUUUUA